CAUGAAGGUUCAUCAGUUCGCACGUGGAUUCUGGGAGCAAGAACCCACCCUCACGCUUGGUGGCUGCAAGCGUUUUCGACCCCUUGCUCCAAAGCUUCCUAACAGCGACAACGUUGUCAGCGCCACACCGUUUGAUCUUAAGAGCUUCAUUCGACCUGAAAGUGGCCCCAGAAAACUUGGAUUCUCUGACGACAAGAGAGAAUCAACUCAGGUGGAGACGCAGCCUGGGGGGACUAGGUGGAAUCCCACGCAAGAACAAAUAGGUAUACUCGAGAUGCUGUAUAGAGGGGGAAUGCGCACUCCCAAUGCCCAACAAAUAGAGCAAAUCACUGCACAGCUCGGAAAGUAUGGCAAAAUAGAAGGGAAGAAUGUGUUUUACUGGUUCCAAAACCACAAAGCACGUGAGAGGCAAAAGCAGAAGCGUAACAGCCUUGGUCUCAGCCAUUGUCCAAGGACACCAGCUUCCACUAUUAGCAGUAGCAUAACAAUGGAGACAAGGGGAUCAGAAGAAGAGAGAGAAGAUAGUCCAUGCAAGAGAAAGUGCAGGACUUGGACAUUCGAGUGCUUGGAAGAGGACAAGAGAUACAACAAAGAGGAGGGAGAUAGGACUCUAGAGCUGUUCCCAUUGCACCCAGAAGGCAGAUGAUCAAGGGGUGUCAAAAAUUAAUUUUUCCACUCCCUAUUGUUAAUUUCUGAUCUGCUUUGAUGUGCUUUUCUUGCUUUUUUCUUUCUUUGUUCCGGGAAAGAAGAAAGAAAAGCUGUAUCUUUGUACCUUCUGAUCCUUGUUAUUCCUGAUUUCAAACCAAAGUUCUUUGCUGCCCUUGGAAAAUGCUACUACUGUUUGUUAGUUCUGUGGUUGUGUGUGAUCCCUUUGACUAACAACAACUUGUUGAAACCAAGCUUUUAGGUUAAAAGUGGUGAUUGG